CAGGUAAAGUUGAAGAAGCCCUCGAAUCAUAUCAACACAUGAUGGACGUCAUUGAUGAAACUGAGAAGGCUAGCUGCCUCGAUUGGUCUAACGACUUCAAGGAACGAUGUAGUGCGCUCGCUGCCAAUGACGACCGUAUUCUUGGCGUAUGUACUCCCUUCCUCGACCUUUUCGCUACUGACCUAAGUUAUGCAGGCAGAGAUCCCUGGCCAAGAUCAAGAUGGCUAUGAUGCGGAACCUGAUUUCUUUCGGGGAAUGCAUGGUCAUUCUCAAAUUUCCAGACCGCGACCUCAGCAGCGCCCGGGGCACUUCAAGAAACUCAGGUUCGCUAUGACAAAAAACCCUCAUCCAGCUCCUCCACCUGCAUCACCAGCCGCCGCUACUUCCAACAUCAAGGCUCAGCUAAAACACCUAUUCACUUGGCGGUCCGACCAUGCAGCGCCAUCCGUAGUCGAUGUUCCUUUCGCGAAGGGUAAGGAGCGUAAUGCUGCAGCAGAUGACCCUGGCCCGGACAAGGACAUGGUACCUGAUGAAUAUUUUGAUGAUCUUCCACAGAGCUCCGAUACACAACAGCCGAAUACACAACAGCAACAAGUAGUUAAGGUGGGCACUGGGGACCAUGGAGGCGGCAAGUCAUGUUUCUGCUGCUAGCAGUUUUUGCGAGUGUCCUCGGGUAUUUCAGUUUUAUCACCCUCGUAUUGUGAUGUCUAC